CAGCAACACAAUACAUGUUAUACACUUCUAAAAUGCCUUUUGAUCAGAGCACAUUGUAAAACCAACACUAGUAUUCUUUGAGCUCUCUGACUCUCCCUCCUGGCUCAAGCUACACUUACAUCUAAGUUUUUUUUUCUCCUAAAACCAUGCCGCUAUCCCUAUGAUCAUCCCUGGCAUGAUUUAUUUAAACUGCAUUUCCAGACACAGGAUUUCACACCUCAAGGUUUCAGUUAUCACGCACGACUUGCAAGUUUAAUUGCAUGCGUGCAUAGCUUUCUGACCGAGGUUGGGAGUUUAUUAUGCAUUCACUGAGCACACCUGUAGGAAUUGUUCAGUAGGCAGUGGAGACGACAGUUUUAAAAGAACAGCAUUGCAUGUCCUCUUUUGAAAUGCAGUUCUGAGUGCACGGUUUUGUGGUGGGAAUGUAAAUGAGGAUUGUUCCCUGUCCCCCCCCCCCCCAGGUGACCACUGAUCUGAGACAGAAGUGCACAGACUCCCACACCGGAACCUCUGCCUCCGCCCCGCUCGCAGCUGGGAUCAUUGCUCUCGCCCUGGAGGCUAAUAUGAACCUGACCUGGAGGGACAUGCAGCACCUGGUAGUGAGAACCUCUCGCCCUGCCCACCUCAACACAAAUGACUGGAAAACCAAUGGUGUGGGCCGCAAAGUAAGUCACUCAUAUGGCUAUGGGCUGCUGGACGCCGGAGCCAUGGUCACUCUGGCCCGGAACUGGACAAAUGUGGAGCCACAGCACAAGUGUGUCAUCGUGGUGCUCUCCGAGCCCAGGGAUAUUGGUAAUCGGCUGGUCAUCACCCAGAAGGUGGAUGCCUGCUUUGGGAUGUCGAACUAUGUGAGCUCCCUGGAGCACGCCCAGGCACAGCUCACUCUGUCCUACAACCAGCGUGGAGACCUGGCUGUGUACCUGAUCAGCCCCAGGGGCACCCGCUCCACCCUCCUCUCCCCCAGACCUCAUGAUUACUCCUUGGAGGGGUUUAACGACUGGGCAUUCAUGACCACCCACUCCUGGGACGAGGAUCCUCGUGGGGAGUGGACACUGGAGAUAGAGAAUGCCUCCGGAGCCAGCAACUAUGGCACCCUGAGGAAGUUCACCCUGGUUCUGUACGGGACCGGCUCCAACGCCCCCAACUUCUCCACAUCCAACUCCAGCCAGCCCAGGAACAGCAGCUGCAAAACCCUCAACGCCAACCAGAUCUGUAUAGAGUGUAGCCCAGGAUCCUUCCUGCUCCAGCAGGGCUGCGUGAGGGAGUGUCCUGCUGGCAUGACACCCGGAACAAAAUCCUCCGACACCCCCCUUGAUAAUUGGUCCGAGCCGUCCCUUGUGCAAGCCUGCCUCCAAUGCCACACCACCUGCCUCACCUGCCAUGGGCCGGGCCCCACAGACUGUCUGUCCUGUCUGCCUCACAAUCACCUCAACCCUGCCUCAGGAACCUGCGCUCACCAGAACCAGAUCCAGCGGGAGUCCCCUGACUCCCCUGUAGGGACCAGCAGCACUGACAGUAGCUCCCCCCCCUGGGAGCUGUCCUCUCGCUUGCCUGUCAUCGUGGCCGUGCUGAGCUGUGCCUUCAUCGUCGCCUCCUUUGUGGGAGUCUUCCUGAUGCUUCAGAUCUGCUCUGGCAACUCCCCCUGGGGGAUGCAGAACAAACUGUGCUCCCUGGAAUCCAUGGGGGGUGUCGGUGGGCUGGGCAGGGGAGGGAUCAUCUCAUACAAGGGCAUCCCCUCGGGGGUGUGGAGGGAGGACGGGCUCUCCUCUGAUACAGAGGACGAAUUUGAUUUUCACGAGAGGACUGCCUUCAUCAAAACACAAAGUGCCCUUUAACCAACCUCCUGCUCCCACCUCUCCUUUCUUUCUUUUCUUUCUUUCCUUUUUGCAGUCACCAUUUAAUCGAUGGCUCAAAUGAAUUCUUGAUAGGGGUGCUAGGGGAGAAUAUGGCUUCAAGAAGUGGUAAAACUAGGGAGUGAUAGGAAUUUGACUGAUCAAUUAUGGGCUGACCUCCCUUUUCCAGGCAAAGGGAUUUCCUCACUGGUCCUUGCCUGUAAUUUUUCACUACAAAUAACCCUCUCCCUGAUGCCAUUUUCCUGUUUCAUGGUGAUGGCAGAGCCAGCGGUUUCUAUUCUUGAUCGCACUACAAAGGCUGCUUCGUGGAGCACCCAUGUGCCCUGGCAAAGCUUGGACUAGUGCUAGUCAGAGGAGUUGCAUUGUAUGUUUGUGAUAUAUAUUUAUACAUUUGUACUUUCUGCAAAAUAUAAAUUGAUAGACCUGUAUCUAGCUGCAGCAAAAUCCUACUAGUGCACACUUCCAAAUAUAUAGAAAUGCCUAUAUGUGGAACACGAGUAACAACCUCACGCUGCUAUUAAAGCUGCUUCUAGUCUGUCAGUUUGUGUUUUCAUUUCCUAGAGCACACUAUUCAUUACUGUUUGUUUUGCUAAAUCUAUAUUAUAGAAUCCAAACCCUAUCUAAUUUAUUGAAUACAUACAUAAGCAUACGUUAGUCACCGUGGAGCAGCGGGAGCAUCUACAUAAUUAAUAAAUCAAUAAACAAGAAAUCCAUCAUUCUUGGUUUUUCUCCCUCAUCAGUCCACACCUAUCAAGUUGAUUUACCUAAGCAAUGGAAAUGUAGCACCAGUGUGGGGAUUCUCCGUUACAUUUUGAAAAUGGUGUGGGUGUAUAAUUGUAGUUAAGACUGAUACAAUGGAGAUAUUUUGUGGGGGGGAGCGUCCCCAUUCCGAAGCAGCGGGGUGGGAGGAAACACUGAUGCUGCUCCCCAUGUCUGUUUAUUCUUUUCCUAAUCAGAUCUGAUGAUGAUGAAUGCUGUGAUUUGCCCAGGUUGUAGUUAUUCCUAUCCUGUAAUAAAGAAUUCAAGAGGGCCAGUUUUAAACGGUAGCUCUAAUCAAACACAACAGGAGGGAGGGGAGAACACUGCAUUUCAUUAAUCUGAGUGCAUAAUCCUGCUUUGUUUCUCAAGUGGAUUUGAAAGGAAAGGAGGGGGUCUUUACCUUUCCUAUACAUAUAGCGACAGUUUGUAUUACCUGUGUUUUUGUGAAAUCUUUUUAGUUCGAACUAGUAUCAAACAACUUUCGAUUCCUUAAAUGUAUGAUCUUGACCAUUACUAGAUUUUCUUUUAUUUGGGGGGAUAUUUCCCUUUGACAAAACAGGAUGCAAGUUUCACAAUUUUUGGCUGUAGCUUUAGUGCCUGAAACAAAGUGUGGGAUCUUGGCUUUGGAAUCCAAGGCAGAGAAUGAGAAGUCCAGCACCAACCUUGACCUAAAGCUGUCACUUCUGAGCGCUCUGUCACUGCUGCUAAAACAACGUCCUUCCAAACUAACUUUAAAUGCAGCAGAUUUCUAAUCCCAAAAACCCCUCUGCAAUGACUUGUUUAAUUGAGCAGGGCUCCUACGUAUUGUGUGUGUGCACAAGCAUCUACAAAGACUGGUCCUGUCUGGCUCCGGUUCUCUGCUGUGUGUAACUCCUUGGACUAACUUCUAAGCUUCUGUCUCUCUUGAGAAUCAAGCCAGCCUUCUUUCUCUGUAUGAUUCUCAAUGUGAGAUUGGCUCGCUCUCUAUCUAUCUAUCCUCUCUCAGAAUACCUUAGGGCUGGUGAUUUAUAAUAAUUGUGACUACCUGAGGAAAAAACAGGCCUAUUUUUGUAUUAUCUGGUGCACAGUAAUUUUCUUGUAUUGUGUAAUUUAAAUUUGCUUUUUUUCUCCCUUAUUUAAUGGAUGUGGAUAUGCUGAUUUAAAGAUUCUAAGUGAAAUAAAUUUAUGCAAACAAUUA